CUUCCGUUCUUCCUUGACAACAUGUAAAUCAAAAUGGCGGCAUAAGAAAGAAGUGUGAAACAUGAGUACUACUGUAGCUCCAAAUGCUCCUGCCCUUCAUGGGACAGACAGUAAAGCUCUGGUUGCUGCUGAAGAUAAGCAGUUGCCAGAUUUAAAAUCCAGUGGCCAUGUUGUUGAUAGAAACAAACCCCUUCCAACUAGUCUAAUGAGUGAUUUUAUACCUGAAGAUGUUUUGUUUGCUCUCACACAACCACCUCCCGUCAAAGAUCAGCUUGGACCUCCUUCAAGAACAAGGAAUCUUAAUACCUCAAUAUCCUACCCAAGACCUCCACCAAAUGGAGUAUGGAACCAUAAAAGAAGAGAACGAUUUAAACAUUUGACAGAAAAUCCACCAUGUAUAUGUGGUGCAGGACAAGAUAUAUCUUUCCUGUAUGAUGUCCCCAAUGAUGCUGCCAAUUUGGAAAGACCUGAUAAAAUUGAUAAAAGUGCUGUCAGGAAAGAAAUGAUUGAUAAACAGAAAAAGCCAUUACAGUUACCAGAUACCUUAAUACCAGAGGAAUAUCACAUUGUGAAGAACAAAGGUGUGAUGGGGAUAGAGUUCCAUGAAGACAAGUACAGUACACAGAUACAGGAUCACGAAAAACAUUUGGUGCUGUUUCCUUCUAUGAAACCUACAAGUCGAUAUGAAGUGAUUCAACUGAAGAAAACAUUUAAUAAAAUGAUGAUAAAGUUAGGAAUUACAGAAACAGAUGUUGAAGUGAAAGGUCCUACCCAGAUUCAUAAUUUGUUAGAACUGAUAAAAAAGGAACAGUCCAUCUUUGAUACAAUUUUUUCAGAGUUGAUACGACAGACAACUAUAGAAUGUGCAGAGAGAGGAGAACUUUUAUCUGAAGUGAGAAAUAAGUACAGAGACUUGAUUAAUAAUGUACCAAAACAGAUAAUGAGUUUACAUGAGGAGGUAAUUGCACAGAGAGCUUUAGACAGGAGAUUGACAGAAGAACUGAUGAGAUUUAAAUCCACUAUUGGUAUAUUAACAAGUGAGUUAUCUGCUGUCAAAGAACAUGACAAAAAAGUAACAAAAGAAGCCAAACAGGCACAGGAAGAUCUUAAGGAAGCAUUGUCCGAGGCACAAAAGAAUGCUUCUCUAUUAUCAGAAUAUCAUGGAUUGUAUGAGUUACAAAGGAAGAGGCUAGAAAAACAAGUCAGCAUGUUAACUGAUGAAAGAGAAUUAUGGAGUAAUGCUGCUUACAGCUUAGCUUUAAAGGUAACAGAGGAAGCUAAUCUUACAACAGCUAAAAGACUACAUGUAAGUGAGAAAGCAUGGGUUAAACUAGCCACUCAUUUUACUAUCCUAUUGAGUGACAGAGACACACAGGUUCUCACAAACCUUCAAGGUCAUGUAGAAAGGUGGCGUGAUUUGGUAGAGGAGUUUAAAACCGUACAAAACCAGAGAGAGGUUGAGAUGAAGAACAACAUAAAAUCCAUCAGGGGAAGUGUGGAUCACUGGAUGAAUGAAAUUAGAAAAAUAUGUUUUGGAGAUAUACUUUUUGAUGAUGACAAUGCUGAAGGACAAUUUAGGAGACCACCAGAUGAUGAGAAGUUAAAACUUUUCCUUCUAGAUAUGAAGAACUGGGAAGUGAUAUUAAGUAAGGAAUCAGAGAAAUAUGGUGGAGAGACAUUACUAGAAGGACAAGACAAAUUGACACUGAUCAGGUAUCAGAUGGAGGGAUGGACAGAUAAUGCUCUUAAAGUCUUUGGUCGUCAUCGUAAAGAUCCUACCAAAAAUCACCCAGACCAAGACAGAAUGGUCACAUUAAACCAGGAAGUAGAAAAUCUUCUUCAUCAGUUUGACAACAGAAUUACAGGGGAAAAUGGAAAGUAUUUUGAAUCAAAAGAAAUUCAGUAUCCAAGAGGUGUAGCCUCACGAGUGAUACAUCUAGCUAAUGGCCUAGAGACUUGGGAUAUGAAGCUUACCUCUCAUUUAAAUGGAACCCUGUCAAUCAAUGAUAAUGAAUGGGGAAGUCUGGUUCAAAUGAUGGAAGAUUGGUUGGUUGGGAUCGAUGAAGCAGAAGAGUAUGUAGGAACCACUCAGAAAGAGGAGGACAGAGAGAAAGGAAGACUUCACACAAGCAUUGAUAUAACACAGACAGUGAAAAAAGUACAGAAGUGGGCAUCAUCAGCUACAAAUUAUAUCGACAGUGAGGAUGCUUUGCUUGUAGAACAGGUAUCUCAAUAUCAUUCUAAAAUGGUUCUCUGGAUGGUCCAGAUGUUAUUACGAUUAGCUCCAGACUUGGAGGGGAACUCUAAGGAAGCAGCAGAGAUGGCACUCAUUGCUAGUUUACCACUUAAUGAACUACAUUCCAAUAUAAAGGUUUUGAUAGAGCAGUUAGAAGAUUUCUCCAGAUAUGUUGCCUUGUGCUGUACAGGAAUCGUUAUGGAAAAUACAGAACAAAGAAGGAAUAACAAUGAGGAUAAUCCUGAACAUGAACUGAAAGAUAUGAAUGGACUUAGGCGUGAGUGUAAAGAUUGGAUGAAUACAGCCAAGAUUCUGACCAGUCAGCUAUUAGAGGAACCACUAGAUACUUUGUUCCCUCGCCCAGUAUCUCUGGAUGACAAUGUGCCAGAAAAGCGUAAAGAUUCACAGGAUGAUUAUAAAUCCUAUCAUGAUCAAGAAAAAUUACAAACUGAGGCUGCUACAAAGCCUAGGGAAACUGUCAGUCCAACAGACACAGAAGAGAAAAAGGAACCAGUACAACAACCUACUGCUCCUCCACCUGAACCACAACAACAACAACAACAACAACAACAAGUACCAGAAAAGAAAGAAGACAUGAUGGAGGUCAUAGGUCGUGAUGAUAAUACACAUAAACAGACAUUGGAACAUAGUACAGAUGCUCCACCUACUCAGUCAACAGCUGCAGUGUUACAUAGAAUGCCUGGUGUCCCUGAUCCACAGAAAUCUUUUGAGGCCUUAUCUGCUGUGGACUCACUACAGACCCAAUUGAUAGCCACAGAACAAAGGGCUCAAGAAUCUGAAGAAAGAUCAGCCAACUUAGAAGUUGAAUUAGCAGCUAGUCAGGAGAAGUUGCGUGAGUUAGAAAAACGUCUGGCUAAACUAGAACAGGGUGAAGCUGUACCAACAGAGGAGAGUACUGCCAGUGCUCCACAGAAAGUAGAAUCUGUUUCUCCACCUAAAACACCUAGUAAGGAGAAAUCGGAUGCUAAAGAGGACAAAAAGAGGCCUGAGUCAACAGCAUCUAAAUCUAGUUCUAAGUCAAGUAAAUCUAGAAAGAAGUAAUUUAUGGAUGAAACUGUAUGUCACCUGAAGUUACAGAGUUUUAUUUGGCACAGAAUAUAAUUUUAUGCAUGUUAUACCUUAUAAACUGUAAUGAAGUUUUCAAGUUAAUCCUUGACAUUCUCAAACGGAGGUAUUGGUUAGGUAUGAGAAAAUAGUAUAUGUAGGUAUCUGAAGGUGUAUAACUUCACAAAUGUACUACCUGGCAUCUGUAGCAUUUUAUAAAAGAUAAAACAGAUAUUUUAAAAUAUAUUAACAAAUUAUGAUAGUUGGAUAAAUUGUCUGUUUUAUUACAUACUAUUUUUACGAUUUCAUUGUGAUGUUUAUUAAACCUUAUUCCGUCCAAGUACUUUGUUUUUAUCAGAAAUGAAAGAUUACAUAUACUUAAAACGUAAAAAAUUGUCUUGCAUUUGAAAAUUUUCUUGUUUGUUUUUUUUUUUUUAUAAUCUUAAAUUUUACUGCUGAUUGUUGUUAUAUGAGAAAAAAAAGCUGAAAGAGUUUGUUAAAUUUUAAUACAUUUGUACAAUUAUUUUUAUUUAAAAUUAUGAAAUGACUGUGAUACUAGUUUUACUUAUUUUAUGAUGAUUGAUUUAUGUAUUUAAUAAAUAUCUUUUUGACAAAA